AUGUUGAUCCUGCUGGGCAUCGUUUUGGUGAUUCUGCUGAUCUUGCUCAUCGACGGCACCAGGAAAUAUCAUGUGGCCAAAUUUGCCCGUUCGAUUCCAACUGCGCAUCCCAACUACCCGGUGCUGGGUAUGGCCACGAUAUUCCUUGGCCACAGUGAGGAACGUAGGUUCGAGAACUUUAUGCGGGCUCUUCGUCGAGUGGAUCGCAUCGCCAAGGCAUGGCUGGGUCCGCAACUGAUCUUCCACGUGGCCCAUCCCGAGCUGGUGCAGAAGAUUCUGACGGAUCCGAACUGCUGCGAGAAACCAUUUUUCUACGAAUUUUCCGGGCUCACUCAUGGAUUGUUUUCUGCGAAAUAUUCUGUGUGGAAACCGUACCGAAAGGCUCUUAAUCCUACAAUGAACGUGAAAAUAUUGAACAGUUUUGUGCCGAUAUUUGAGAAGUUUUCCGAACGGAUGGUAGAGAAGUUGAAGUGUCAGCCCGAAGGGAUUCCGGUGGAUAUAUUGGAUUUUACUAUGGAGUGUGCUUUGGAAAUGGUGUGUGGGACUACGCUUGGGACAGAUCUCAAGAAGGGCUGUGGAAAACGGAAGUUUCUGCAAAGUAUGCAUGUAUUUAUUAGUAGGGUAGCUACCAGAACUCUUAGUGUCAGUCUGUACAAUGAGACGUUCUAUCGCCUGACGAAAGCCUAUGCUGAAGAAGAGGCCGCAAGAGAGAAUUGUCUGGAUUUUUCUAAACGUAUCAUCGAGGAAAGACGCCAGGUGCUAGCAACCAAACCACAGAGCAAUACAUUCGAGGAAAACGACGAAGAUGAUGGCUACACGGUUCGGCGCCCAAAGCUGUUCAUCGAUCAAGUCCUAAGCGACAAAAAUUUCGAAGCCGAUUUUUCAACGCAAAGUUUAAGCGAACAGAUCCUUACCAUCAUGGGGGCGGGCUACGAUACCUCCGCCAACAUGGUCGCUCACUGUUGCCUUUUUCUGGCAAUGUUUCCGGAGAUUCAGGAAAAGCUUGCAUUGGAGAUCCAAACCGUACUUCCGGACAGUGUGCAGGACCUGACAGCCGACACGCUGAAAUCUCUUCCGUAUCUUGACAAAUUCUUCAAGGAAUGCUUGCGACUCACCCCGGUUGGAUCCACCAUUGCGCGCGUCAACAUGACCGACAUCGAACUCGACGGGUGCCGCAUUCCGAAAGGGAAUAUUUUCGUUUUCAACUUUUUCGUUCUUCACCGACGGAAGGAUAUUUGGGGUCCGAAUGCGGAACAGUUUGAUCCGGAAAAUUUCUCCCCGGAACGCGCGAAGGGAAGGCACCCGUUUGCCUUCCUACCGUUCAGUGGCGGGUCGAGAAACUGUAUUGGCGCCAGGUAUGCCAUGAUAAGCAACAAGAUAAUGAUCAUCCACCUGGUGCGCAAUUUCCGGCUGAGAACGAAGAUUCGCUACGAGGAUUUAAAAUAUCGUAUAAAUGUUACGUUGAAUUUGGCUUUCAAGCAUUUGAUAACGCUGGAAGCCAGGCGCUGACAUAAGAAGGCAAUCACAUUUUCCCGGAGUGGGUUACAUAUGCAGUGUGCUGGCUGCCGGAUGCAGUUUCCUUUGUUGAGCAAAAACUGGUGACAUAAAUAGGUUAUUUAAUAACGGUAAACAGGCAAUAUAGA